UGACAAUAUUGAAUUGAUUGUUGAUUGCUUGCUUGGUUUCCUUUCCUUGUUUCGUUCACUAUUUGCAAUUGAUAUCAUAAUUUAAGGUGUGGUGUGGCGAUUUGUGAAUGUUUACUAUCAAUGGUGUAUUAAAUGUCUACAGAACCUAUCAAAAUGCCGUCAGCGACGAGAGAGAAGGAUUCAACGAUCCUUAAAAUCGCUGUGGAAAUGCUCAAUGCCCCAGAAAAGGUGGCCCAGUUGAUUGAAUUUGACCAAACACAACCUUUGUCGAGUAUCAUACAGUUACUGUGUAACGCCUGGGGUCUCCCGGACCCUGAGAACUACGCAUUACAGUUCUCCGAAACAAACAAUCAGAAUUACAUUACAGAAAAAAAUCGUAACGAGAUAAAGAACGGUCUCGUGUUGCGACUGGAGCAGUCCCCCGCGAGGACGGUUCAGGAUAUUUUAGCGAAAAUUAAAAAUGGAAGCGAGUCUGAACAAGAAGCGGCCCUGUCUAAACUAGCUACUUUGAGCAGUGACCUCACCUUCGCUCUCGAGUUUAUUAACAAAAAAGGUUUGUCGCUCAUCAUCAACACCAUCGAGACAGGCAGAUUUAAAGGCAACGCCCUCAGAGACGCGCUAGUCACGUUUGUAGAACUCAUGGAUCAUGGUAUUAUAUCUUGGGAUAUUCUCGAGAAUCCUUUCAUUAACAGAGUUGCAAGUUUCAUCAACAACCAAGCCAGCCCACAGGACCCGAAAGUGAUUCAAGCCUGCCUCUCAAUACUUGAAAACAUUGUACUCAACAGUUCCAGCAAGAAAUCACAUGUUGAAAAAGAAAUAACAAUUCCCAGUCUGGUGUCCCACUUACAGAAUCCCUAUCAAGACAGCAUCAUCCAGCAGAAUGCCAUCGCACUCAUCAAUGCUAUAUUUUCCAAAGCUGACACAAUCAAAAAGAAAACAAUAGCUGCCACUCUCUCCUCUAAACAAGUACGCAAUGUUAUUUUUGAGAAUCUUAUUGGAGUCGGGGACUUCUCCAAGACUUCUACCAAAGAUACAAUGGGAACAGAACUCUCUCACCAGCUUUACAUUCUGCAAACAUUAAUGCUCGGGCUGCUGGAGCCCAAAAUGAGACAAAGGGCUGACAGCAAUGAACAAGAGUCACAAGAAAAAAUUAAAGAAUUACGGAAAGUUGCAUUUGAAAAUGAUGCCCACUUCAACAUGGAAGCAGUCACACGAAGACAACCAGGAAGCCUCUCAAAGGAUCCUAAGAAACUUGGCUUUAAAUGUGAAAUCGAUCCCAUCAAAGAUUUUAAUGAAGUACCUCCGGGUGUGUUGGCAUUAGACUGUAUGCUGUACUUUGCCAGAAAUUAUACAGAAGAUUACACUAAGAUUGUCCUAGAAAACAGUUGCAGAGCUGAUGAGCAUGAGUGUCCCUUUGGCAAAACAAGUGUGGAGCUUGUGAAACUGCUCUGUGAUAUCCUACACAUCGGGGAGCACCCCAGUGAACAGGGGCAGACUUAUCAUCCCUUGUUUUUUACUCACGACCAUCCGUUUGAAGAAUUAUUUUGUAUUUGUAUUGUACUACUGAACAAAACAUGGAAAGAGAUGAAGGCCACUUCAGAGGAUUUUGUAAAGGUGUCCAGUGUGGUUAAGGAACAGAUUAGCAGGGCAUUGUCUGAAUCCCCAAAGAGCUUUGACAAAUUUAGACAAAAAAUUAACCAAUUGACAUAUCCUGAUAUCAGGCAAAUCUGGCAACAAGAACGCACAAAUAGAGAAGUCUGGGAGUCGCAUGCGAGGCCAAUUGUUGAACUCAAAGAGAAAAUAACUCCCGAAAUUAUUGAGUUGAUAGAGCAGCAGAGACUAGGAGUUCUUGUGGGAGGAACCAGGUUUAAGAAGUACUCCACAACACGGCCACAGAGGACCAAAGACAAGUUCUGGUUUGUUCGUUUAUCUCCCAAUCACAAAGUGUUGCACUACGGAGAUUGUGAUGAAAAAAGCACACCUAGCUUAGAAGAAUUGGGCAACAAGCUGCCAGUGUCAGAAAUCAAAUGUGUAGUGGUCGGCAAAGACUGUCCUCACAUGAAAGACUUGAAAGGCAGAAAGAUAACCCCGAGCCUCGCCUUCUCUUUGAUCCUAAAAUCAUCAGAGUUGACUUCCUUGGACUUUGUGGCACCAGAUGAGCAGAUCUUUGACUAUUGGACUGAUGGCAUCAAUGCAUUAUUAAAAGAAAAGAUGUUAAGCAAAUCAUUUGAGUCUGAUUUAAAAGCACUAUUGUCUAUGGACAUCAAAGUGAGAUUAUUGGAUGCAGAAGGCAUUGACAUUCCACAGGACCCACCACCAAUACCAGAAGAACCUGAUGACUAUAAUUUUUACUAUGAGAACAACUAAGCUAUAAAAAGUAUUUUAAGUACUAGCAGGUGGCCCAAAAAUUAAAAUUACAUGAUAUGCUUAGUAAAAUGGAAAAAGCUGACUGGUACAACAUGGGUACAAUGAAAUCAUUAUAUUAAAGUUUUAAAUUAAAAUUUUGUAGAUAAUUUUUAUUGUUAAUUUCUUGGGUGGCAAUGGCAAAUUUAUAUUAUAAAAUCAAUUGUAUAGGCCAAUUACACAAAUAGUCGCGCUCAAAUUUCUUUGGCACGGAUUAAUCCAAUUUACUUUUUACCGCAAGAUUUUAUGACCCUACUUUAUUUUAUCGAUUUCAUUAAGUUACAGCUAAUUUAUUUUCAAUUGUUUGACGAAUACAGUCGUCGGGCCGAGCACGGACGAGGCGCGCCGCGCAUCACAAUCGGGUCGCGUUUCCGUUGCGCCGCUACUCUCAGACAUUUUAACCACUUUGUAUAAAUAGAAGCAUUACAUAAGCAAUAUUUCUAUUUAUUAUAUUAUCUAAUAUUAAGGUGCAAUGAUAUUUAUAUCUGUAUCGUUAAACCAAUGUAAUUUAAGUUUUUAGUAUUAUUAUAGAACGUAUUCAAAUUAUUACGACUGAUUUUAAAAUUCAACUAUAUUGUUUUCUUGUUUAUUUAAAAGAAGGUAAACAAAGAAACCACGUCGAACCCUUUUUUGUUAACCAUCUUUUAUAUCUCUGUAAAACAAACUAUAUAGGUAGUGUGGCCUGUGGAUUCACGAAACCUUAACUUUAACUACCAAAGAUCGUGUCUAAAGAACAAAGUAUAUCUAAAUGUAUUAUGUACAAAUAAAACAAAUAUUUAAGUGGA